AUGUCGUCGAGUAUUAGCGAUUUUUAUGAAGGAAAAAAUAUCUUAGUUAUUGGUUCCACAACAUUUCCCGGUAAAGUUUUACUUGAAAAAUUAUUACGUUCAUGUCUAAAUAUUGGUAAAAUCUAUUGUCCUAUACAUCCAACAAAAACAACAGUGACACAUCAACUUUCUCCAGUGGAUACAUUUGCAGAGAUCUAUACAACAAAAUUAUUCGAUCGUGUCAGACGUAUUAAUGCAAAAUUUCAAGAAAAAAUUAUUCCAUUUGACAUGAAUAUUUUAAUAUCAUCGACGACAACAACAGAUACAGAAUUAGACUCUGAUGAACAAAGCCAAUUACAAACAGUAUCAUGGAGAAAAUUACAAGAUACAGUUGAUCUAUGUUUUUAUAUUGCAAAUAAUUCAGUAGAUUUCGAAGAACAAAAUUUAAAAGAGAUGAUUAAAACGAAUGUUAUGGAUUUAAAAAGUAUUUUAACAUUUUUAAAAACAUGUACACAAUUAAAAUCAAUUGUUUAUCUAUCAUCAAUAUAUGCUAAUAUCGAUUGUCCAUAUAUUGAUGAAUGCAUUUAUCCAUGUCCUAUUGAACCACAAAAAUUAGUCGAUGCACUUGAUUGGAUGGAUAAAGAAAUGGUCGCAUUAGCAACUCCAAAAUUAAUCGGUCCUAAACCUAAUGCAUUUACAUUUUCUCAUUGGCUUGCUGAAACAAUUUUAGCUGAAGAACAAAAAAAUCUUCCAUCAAUAUCAAUCGUUCGUGUAUCAAUUAUAGGUGCAGCAUGGAAAGAACCCUAUCCUGGUUGGGUAGAAAAAUCUAAUGGACCAAGUGAAUUAUUUGUUGCUGCUGGUCGUGGUUAUUUACGUUCAAUGAAAAGUGAUUCACAUGAUAUACUUGAUAUUGUACCUGUUGAUAUACCUGUUAAUUUAUUAAUUGCUGCAUCAUGGGAAAGAUAUCAUGAAGAAAAUAAAGAACAGUUAACAAAAAUCUUUCAUUGUACAUCAAGUGGUCUUAAUCCAUUUCAUUGGCAAGAAAUGAGUAAUUAUUUUACUGAAUAUUCAAAACGUAUUCCAUAUGAACAUGCAUUUCGUCGUCCAAAUUUAUCUGUAACAAGUCAUAGUUUAAUACAUGAUUCUUAUGUAUUCUUUUCACAUCUUAUUCCAGCAUAUUUAGCUGAUAUUGGUUUACGUUUAAUCGGUCAAAAAGCACAUGUUGUUGAUAUAUAUAAAAAUUUACAUCGUAUUCUUCUUGGUCUAGAAUCAUUUACAAUUCGAGGUGAAAUACAAUGUUCAUAUGAUAGUUUAAAUGCAUUAAGACAAUUAGUUAGUGAAACAAAUAACUCGAAUGAAUUUUAUUUUGAUAUACGUGCUUUACAUUGGCCAACGUACGUUGAAUCAUAUUUAAUUGGUACAAAACGUUAUAUUUUAAAUGAAGAUAUGAAUUGUUUAAAUGGAGCACAAAAACAUUUAAAUAAUUUACGAAAUAUUCGUUGGACAUUUAAUACAAUAAUUCUUGUUCUUCUAUGGAGAGUAUUUAUAUCAAAACGACCUACAGCAAGAAAUCUUUGGUAUUUUAUAAUGAAUUUUUUUGUGGCAAAAUUUGUGCGAUUCUUUAAAAUUUUCAGUGCAGGAAAUACAUAA